AUGCAUUUGAGAAGCGUGCCGACAACAAAAUCGCUGUUGGAAAUCGAUUUUCACAAUAGAUCUAAUGAAAGAGUGAUUAAGGAGAAGCAUCAAGAUUUCAAAGAAAAUUGUGAACUAAAAAAAGAAGGAAAAAAUAAAGAAAAUAACAAAGAUUUUUAUGAAAAAAGACCAAGUAGCUUUGAAAAUUCGUUAAUGAGAAAAUUUGGCUCUCCAUAUAUGAGCACAAAAAAUGUAUUAGAGGAGCCAGGGUACUCUAUGCAAAAAUUACCAAUACAACUAGAAGCUCUAGAGAAACAAAUUGAACUUAUAGAAGAGCAUCCUCUUGGACACGCACGUUGUCAGGUUUACAACACUUAUAUAAUUGCAGAAAAUAAAAACAAAUUAGUGAUAGUUGAUCAACAUGCAGCUCAUGAGAGAUUAGUUUAUGAAUAUAUGAAAGAAGUCAUGGAAAAAUCAGCAAUUAAGAGGCAGUCAUUACUUAUUCCCGAGAUGGUAGAAAUUACCAAUCAGGCAGGAAUGGAGAUGAUUGAAAAUUAUAAAGAUAAACUCUCUGAAAUAGGCUUUGACAUUGAGAUAAUCUCAAACUCUAUGGUAUUAAUCAAAGAAAUUCCAGCAAUUUUGAAUGGUAUAGAUAUAAAAGAGGUUAUAACUGAUGUAGCUGACAGGUUGAUAGAAAUGGAAGAUGCUUUACCAAUAGAAGAUAAAAUAAAUAAAAUACUAGCCACAAUAUCUUGCCACAACUCAAUUAGGGCAGGCAGAGAAAUGAAAUUAGAGGAAAUGAAUGCAUUACUAAGACAAAUGGAAAAGACACCAUAUUCUGGGCAAUGUAACCAUGGAAGACCUACUUAUAUAGAGAUGAAACUCAGUGAUAUUGAAAAAUUAUUUGAAAGAAAAUAAAAAUCUUUUGAAGAGAGUGUGGAUAGCCAUCCUUACAAUUAAAGCUAGAAAGUUACUUGACUUUUUUAUAAGAAUAGUAUAAAUUUAACUAUAUAUACUAAUUUUAGGAGAGUGUAUGUUUAAUGCUGAAGAUAAAAAAAUUUCUUUACAUCAGGCUGCUGCAAAGGGUCUACUAAGUGUAGUAAAGGAUUUAGUAGAAAAAGGUGCGAAUCUUAAUGCUAGGGAUAAAGAUGGAAGCAUUGCUUUACAUCUGGCUAUUGAAAAUGGUCAUGUAGAGGUAGUAGAGUAUCUAUUAAAAAAAGAUAUAAGUCUUGCAGUGCAAUAUAGGGGUGUUGAAGCUCCAAGAGAAUUAGCUAAAGAUAGUGAGAUAAAGAAGCUUUUGGAAAAGGCAGAGAAAGGACUACUAUUAUUGCAAGCUGUUAGAAGUGGUAAGAUAGAUGUAGUAAAGGAUCUAUUAACCCCAACUAUGGAUUAAAAAUCACUGAAAAAGUUAAGA